AGGUUGAUCGUCGAAGGAGGAGCACGAAGCUCGGCGAGGAAGCCAGUGGAGGACCAGCGUAGUAAAGUCUCCUAGCUGUGAUGCCUCCCUGUGGCGUGUGGGGUGUUCUGUGGGCACUGACUGUGGCUCUCUGUAUAUCACAGUGCCACAGUCAGACCUGGGAGCAACUGGUGCCCAAGGUCGUCCAUGAACUGGAGAGGUUAUGGCUACAGGACAAUGGGAAGAUAAACAUUAUGGGAAACGACUGUGUACUUUCCGUUGAAAGGAAGAAAUCUGGACGACACAAGAGCAUCCUCACCUGUCCAGGCUGGACCGAUGUUGUCGGAAGAGCUGUGAGCCGGAACAGGUUCGGAGUGGUGGACGACAUCACUAGGGACUUCUUCAGGAAGGCCAUUAAGAAGGGCAUCAUCAACGAGAAGGAGACGGACCGGUGGCUCAAGUCCUGAGGUUUCUUUUACCUCUCGUCUUGCUAGGUCGACGUUCGAUCCCCCGAUGAUCAAGUCGGUUGGGCGCCCUACUUCAUUCCAGCGUUACCCGCCGAACACACGACGAAACUAAGGCGUUGCUACAAUGUUCGAACACGUUUUUACACCUAGCAAGUUGUCUCAACGUUCUAAUACGUCAUAAAAACGUUAUUAAAACGUGUUUAUGUAUUUCAUAUUUUUUUAUUUACAUUUUAUCAAUGUAUUUUAUGACGCUGUAACAACUUUAUUACAAGUUGUAAGAAGCGGAACAUAGGGACAGUUACGUUGUGUGUUUCAGGGUUACAUAUCCUAAUUCCUCAUGUCCGGUCUAAAUGCUAUAUAGUUAUAAUGACUUAACUAACUUAAGUUAACUUAGCACUUUCUCCUGGUAAUUACCUUACCUCCCAGAAGUUUAACAUGCUUCACAAAAGUCCUUAGCGGAGGUCUCGAAUACUUUUCAUUAGUCACAAGUCCUUAUGUGAAAUUCCAUGUCCAAUUAUGAAUGCUCUGAUUCCAAUUUUAAAGACCAAAGUAUAUAAGUCCACUACGGGCUCACCAUAGCCCGUGCUACUUGGAACUUUUUGUUCUAAGUAGCGAAUUUUAAACAACAACCAAAGUAUAUUUGGCAAUUUCCAAAACAAUUUUCAAAUCUUUCCCCGAAGGUGCCAAUUUCUUCCCGGAUGUUUUAAAUCCUCUAAGGAAGGGCUAAAGCAUUUUAUCACACUCAAAUGUAAAUAAGAUCUAAGACCUUUUAACGUCUUCAGCUUUACAAAAAGUAGUCGAGAUUGAAGGUCUCUUUAUAAAGUAGCUUUAAACAGUAGAAUAUAUAUUAGUGCUUCAAUCGACUAGUGGGUAGUGUCUGGACAUUAGGAGCUGUGUCCUAGUGUCUGGACAUUAGGAGCUGUGUCCUAGUGUCUGGACAUUAGGAGCUGUGUCCUAGUGUCUGGACACUACGAGCUGUGUCCUAGUGUCUGGACACUAGGAGCUGUGUCCUAGUGUCCGGACACUAGGAGCUGUGUCCUAGUGUCCGGACACUAGGAGCUAUGUCAUAGUGUCCGGACACUAGGAGCUGUGUCCUAGUAUCCGGACACUAGGAGCUAUGUCCUAGUGUCUGGACACUAGGAGCUGUGUCCUAGUGUCCGGACACUAGGACCUAGCUCUGUCCUAGUUUGUAGUGGCAGCUAGAACAAUAUUUAGGCGGAUGAGUUGAAAUGUUCAUAAUCUGCUCUUUUCCCAAUUUUUCAUAUAGUUGUUUGUGACUGUAUUUUGUUCUGAAAUUGCAAAUAGAUACUAGUAUGAAACAAAUACAUUUCUCUCUUUACUCUCUUGGGAGUUAACAGGAUGAUAUUAAAACAAUGAAACAAAGACAAUUGUUA